AUGGACAGCGACUCGGCGGACGAGAGCCAAGUCGUCGGCGACUACAUCCUCGGCAAAACCAUCGGCCGCGGCACGUUUGGCAAGGUCAAGGCGGGCAUGCACCUCCCGACGGGCGAAAAGGUGGCCAUCAAAAUCUUGGAGAAAUGCCGGAUUCUUGAGGUCGCCGACGCCGAGCGUGUCGCCCGCGAGAUCAAGAUUCUCAAGCGCAACUACCACACCAACGUCAUACAGCUCUACCAAGUGAUUGACACGGCCCAGAGCAUUUACCUCAUCAUGGAGUACAUUGACGGUGGCGAAAUGUUUGAGCACAUUGUCAAGAACCACCGCAUCCGAGAGAAGGACGCGGUGCGGAUGUUUCUCCAGAUCGUCGACGGCCUCGACUACCUCCACCGCAACGACGUCACGCAUCGGGACCUCAAGCCAGAGAACCUCUUGCUGCAGCCACACCCGUCGGGCUUGAUUGUCAAAAUUGUCGACUUUGGCCUGAGCAAUACGCACGAGCAGAACCGACUGCUGCGCACGGCGUGUGGGUCGCCGUGUUAUGCUGCGCCCGAGAUGAUCGAGGGCAAAAUGUACGUGGGCCCGAAAGCCGACAUUUGGAGUCUCGGCGUCAUUCUCUUUGCCAUGGUCUGCGGCUUCUUGCCGUUCGAGGACAACAAUACGAGUAUUCUCUACAAGAAAAUCCUCUCCGGGCAGUACAAGACCCCCAACUACAUCUCCUCCCUCGUCCAAGAUCUGAUUCGCAAAAUCCUCGAAACGGACCCGAUCAAGCGCUUUAGCCUCGAUGACAUUCGGGACCACGCGUGGUGCAAAUCGGUCGAAGCCCAAAUGCCCAAAGCUCUCGUGCCGGUCGUGGCCGGCAACAUCAACAAGAUGGCGCUCAUCAAGCUUGAAGAGCUCGGGAUGGACAAGGAGGCCGUGACGCAGUCGGUCGCGACACAAGCGUACAACAGCCUCAGUGCGAGCUACUACCUCAUUGCUCUGAAGCUCACGCGGCCCGUCGAGCGUACAGCCAAACGACGGCGGUACUCGGCCUACAACCAGAGCUCGGACCGUGCCGCGCUCGAAGACGCGCAAAUGGCCGUCACAAAAGCCAAGCCCGUCAAGCCCGUCUUGCCCUCGAUCGACGAUGGCGCUGGGAAAGAGAGCGCUGUCGUCCCAGCAGCGACCGUCGAGGCCAAGCCCCCAACGACCGAGCCGAGCGCGGGGCCGUUCAAGCCACCGGCGUCGCUUCGGUCGGGACGCAAUAUCGUCGAGGCGGCGACGCCGGUCAUUGGGUCCGGUGUUGUGCCCGUCCCGCCGACCGAAACAAAAGAGGCGGCGCCAAAACCCCGGACGCGCGCAACCAUUUCGCUCGGCGCGGUCUUGGCCCCGAUUCUUCCGGGCGGGAGCUCGGCCACAUACGACGACAAUGGCAAGCCGAGCGAGACGACGCGCGUGGGCGCCCUCUCGAUCGCGACGCGCGCCAAAAACAUGAUGCCGUUCAGCUUCAACGGCGGCGCGCGCAAGGAAGCCAAGGCGAAGCGCGUGACGCGCCACGGCAGUAUCCAGAAGUCCAAGCAAACCGAACUCGCGAUGGUGCAGAAGCUCAUGAACCGCAUGACGUUUCACACGCCGGCGACCAUCGAAGAGGAAGACGCGAGCCCGUCCAAAGACGCGGUGAAAUCCAACUUGGACACGAGUGGGAGCGCCAAGGACGCAAGCUUUGUCGUGGACGCGGCCCGGAAACCAGAGCCACCACCGGGCGCCAAGACGUCACCACCGCGACCGAGCCCCAAGGUUGACGAAGUGAUCGAGCCGGUUGCGACAACAGCUACGACUACGACAACAACGAUGCCAGCGGUAGACACACAAGCACUUGUAUAGGCCCAGGAUGUCAAGUUUCGUGGAUCUUUAAA